GAAUAUUUGUCGAUGUCAAUUUGGAUUUAUAUGUGGCAGAUGGUUUUAAUAAUCGUGUUCAGUUGUUCCAGUCGGGAGAAUCAAAUGGUACCACAGUAGCUGGUGAUACAUCACUAAAUCCAACAAUUACACUUUUUCGGCCAUGUGGAAUUAUAUUAGAUGCUGAGAAAUAUUUAUUCAUUGCGGAUUAUGGCAAUAAUCGCAUUGUUGGUUCAAGCUUGAAUGGUUUUCGAUGUUUAGUUGGAUGUUAUGAAAGAGGUUCACAAUCCAAUCAAUUGGAUAGUCCAUAUACUGUUAGUUUCGAUCGUUCGGGAAACAUGUUUGUUACUGAUAUAGGAAAUCAUCGAAUUCAGAAAUUUUUACUGAUGCAAGAUUCUUUUGUUCUUUCAUAUAAUCAACCAAAAUUUUGUUCAACAGCCGUUCGGAAUUUCAACGGAAUUACCAUUGCUAAUCAAUCGAUUGUUGGUGAAUAUCCUAGCGCCAUUUUUGUGAGCACAAACAACACAAUCUAUGUUGCCAGUCGACAAAAUAACACAAUUGUAAUUUGGCAUGAAGAGAGUGUCAAUCCAACAAAGAUCAUUUCUGGCAAUUUUACAAGACCGUCGUCUCUUUUCGUAACAUCGAAUGGUAAUAUUUAUAUUGAUGAUGGUGAGGAGAAUGGCCGAGUACAGAAAUGGAUACCGAAAACAAACAUCUUUGUCACCGUGAUGAAUGUCAACUCAUCAUGUUAUGGUUUGUUUAUCGAUAUCAAUGAUACUCUUUAUUGUUCAAUGUCUAACCAUCAUCAAGUUGUGAAAAGAUCAUUAAAUGAUUCUAUGAUGACUUCAAAUCGUGUUGCUGCUGGAACAGGCAGUGUAGGAUCAGCUU